AUGGCUGCCAGCCACAAAGCCUUGCUGAAUAUUCAUCGCCUGGGCUUCCCGUGGGUUGGGGUCUUUUUCAUUUUAAAAACAAAAGGUGAGUCCUGGGUCUCCCUACACUCUCUGUGUCCUUCUCCCCUUCCUUUUCAGGCCUGGUGGGUGGGCGAUGGCUUCUUCACAGACAUCUGGCACCAGUGCUUCAAUGAGACGAACUGCACCGCCUUGGACAACACCCUUCCAGAAUACGCGUCUAUCCAGACCGUCCAGGCCUCCAUGAUCCUGGCCACCAUCCUGUGCUGCGUGGCCUUCCUGGUCUUCGUCCUGCAGCUCUUCCGCCUGAAGCAAGGGGAGAGGUUCGUGCUGACCUCCGUCAUCCAGCUC